AUGGCUACAAAAGCAAUAAAAGCACUGCCUCACGAGAAGCGCAAGGGCGAAUCCGCCCUCAGCGAAUUUGCCGAAUAUGUCGAGCAGCAACAGAGCAUACGAUUUCCUGCUGCCCCCCCGACACCUGCCGACUCGACCGAGCACCAUGAAGAGCUUGACGAGCUUUUCGACGCCCUUGACCUGGCAGACACUGCCCCCAGAAUACAAAUGAAGUCACUCCUCCUCGGCAACGGCGAAGAAUCAACAGAACUGCUGCAAAAAGUCAUCCUUGAGCGAAUAGAGGAAGGCCUGGGAGAGGCCAUCUUGGAGCUGGGCCACGAGAAUAACGGCGAUUCCAUGAACCUUACACUGGAUCUAUGGAACAUUGCCUACGCCAAACUUGAGCUCGCCGCAAGGAAUGUCGACGCCGUCUGCCAGCUGCUGCUUACGAACAAUGUCGGCAGUGCGGCCGAGGCAGUUAGCACAACUGCCACCCCAAGCAAAGACAAGAGCUGCACGGGCAAAGUGCUUCUUCGCAGAGCCCCCAAGACAAUCGAAGAGGCCAUAGAGACACGAAUAGCCGUUGUUGGGAAUGUUGAUGCUGGUAAAAGUUCACUUCUCGGUGUUCUCGUGAAAGGCGACCUCGACGAUGGACGCGGCAAAGCUCGCGUAAACCUCUUCCGACAUAAACACGAGAUCGAAACUGGCCGGACCAGCUCUGUUGGCAUGGAGAUCCUGGGCUUUGACGCCGCUGGCAAAGUUGUCACUUCCGACACCCCCGGGCGCAAACUCUCUUGGGAAGAGAUAGGAAAGCGAAGCGCGAAAGUCAUCACCUUUACUGAUCUUGCUGGCCACGAAAAAUACCUACGCACUACAGUUUUUGGGAUGCUCUCCACCAGCCCAAACUACUGUGUACUGAUGGUCGCCGCAAACCAUGGCCUUACUGCCAUGAGUAAAGAACACCUCGGAAUUGCCCUGGCGCUGAAUGUACCGGUCAUGGUGGUUAUUACCAAAGUUGACAUUUGCCCGUCCCACGUCCUUGAGGAAAGCGUCAGGCAGAUUACCAAAAUCAUGAAAAGCCCGGGCGCGCGCAAAAUUCCAACCUUUAUCAAAGAUCGGGAGGACUGCAUAAAUACUGCAACGCAGUUUGUCAGUCAUCGAAUAUGUCCUAUCUUCCAGGUGUCCAACGUCACUGGCGAGAAUCUCGACCUGGUGCGCCUCUUCUUCAAUAUUCUUCCCCACCACGGAAGGUACAAUUCAGAGGUGUCUGGUAUCGUCAAAUCGGGCGUUAUCCACGAGGGCGACAAUGUUCUCAUUGGUCCCGACUCGCUGGGACAGUUCACUCCAACUGCUAUUCGAUCGAUCGAACGCAAAAGGCUCCGAGUGCCUGCAGCAUCUGCUGGGCAGUCUGUGUCUUUUGCUUUGAAAAAAGUGAAAAGAAAAGACGUACGGAAAGGAAUGGUUGUGCUCCCUAAGUCUGAAGGUGAGGUGUUGCCGGUAGUCCACAGAGACUUUGUUGCUGAAGUCCUCAUCCUCUCGCACGCUACUACUAUCAAGAGGAAGUACCAAGCAAUGCUGCACGUAGGGCCAGUUUCUCAGACCUGUGCCAUCAUCGACAUUGAUAGGGAGCUCAUCCGCACUGGCGAUCGAGCAACUGUUGCAUUUCGUUUUGUGCAACGGCCCGAAUACCUCGCCCCGGGUGACAGGCUGCUGUUCCGCGAAGGCCGAACAAAAGGCCUCGGAAUUGUGAAAUCGGUGGGCUACGACCCAAAGCAUCCCCUAAGCGGAGAGUCUGUGGCGGACACCGGUCACACAACGGAAACUAAAUAG